CAAGAAAAAUAUUCACUAUUGAUAAUACAAAAUCACCCAAGAUGUCAUAUCAGGUCUAUUUUGUACCUUGUUUGAGAUAGUAAUAGAAGAGUAUGACAAUUCACAAUUUAUAUAUAUUUUCCAAAAAUGGAACAUUAUUAUAUUAUGCUGAAUGGAAUAGGUUGAAUAAAUCUGGAAUGACAAAAGGAGAAGAAGCAAAGUUAAUGUAUGGAAUGUUAUUUUCUAUAAAAUCAUUUGUAAGUAAAAUAUCGCCAUUGGAUCCAAAAGAAGGAUUCUUAUAUUAUAAAACUAGUAAAUAUACAUUACAUUACUUGGAAACUCCAUCUGGAUUAAAAUUUGUAUUAAAUACUGAUAAUGUUACACAAAAUGCUAGAGAACUGUUACAACAAUUAUAUAGAGAGGUGUAUUUAGAAUAUGUGGUAAAAAAUCCUUUAUGUCAAUUAAAUGAACCUAUUCAAAGUGAACUGUUUAAGCUAAAAGUUGAUGAAUUAUUUAAAAAAUCUCCUUUAUUCUUAAGUAGAUCAAUAUAGAGUUUUUAAUAUUGAAUCUAUAAAUAUAAUAUAUUUAAAUAUAAAAAUGAUUAAUGAUGUUAUUUACUUUCUUAAAUUUAAUAUGAUAUUAUAUGCAAUUAUUUACAUACUAGUAUUAAUAUGUAUUAAUGAAAAUGCAAAGAACUAAACAAAAAAAUCAUAAUUAUAAAAAUAUUCUUAUAAUUUAAAUGAAUACACACUUACAUUGUAUUUUGUUAUAUUUACGAAUUUACAUUUAUCGUAAAAGAAACAAUUACUUAAACAAAAUAUUUUUGUAGUACAUAGACCUGUGAUCUUCAUAUAAAAUAUACAAUAAUUAACAGAAUUUGAAGAAAUUAACACUUGUAAAAGUAUAAGUUACCUUUAUGGGCUGUUUUAAGUUAUUUGUAUUAACAUAUUAAAACAUGCUAAAAUUGCACCGCUUUUUGUAUCAACGAAAUAUACUUUUUUAAUUUAAUUUAAUAUUUAAACUAUUAUUUGAAAUACGUAAAAAUAUUGGUAAAAAUGCACUUUUAUAAAUGUUUCUACAUUAAAUUUGACUUUUUAAAUAUUUCAUACUAUAUAUUUAGUACUCUAGGGCGUAUUUUUAAAAUACGCCUUAUUUAACUAAAACAUCUAUUGUUAUUUAUACACAAAGAUUAUAUGGCAGCUUAUGUCAUAUCUCACAAUUCGGUUUUUUAGGUCCAUAUAUCCAUCUUUCUUUUUAAAUUUAUAAGUCUUUCAUACAAUUAUUCUCGUUCGGACGUAUGACAUUAGCUCAUCCAAAUAUUAGCAAAGUUAUUAGUUACACAUAAGAAACAUUGAGAUAAUAAUUUUACAUAAUUAUAUAUACAUAUUUAGAUUCUCAAGAAUCUAAUAUUUAA